GGCCAGGGAACGAGGCUAGGAUCUAGGAGUGCAUGUGAUCAUACGACAUAGUCUACGGUGUUUUACAGAAACUGCCACGUGUCAAUAGUGACAAAGAGAUCUCUGUUGUCCUGCAGCUCAAGAUGAACGUGCUUAGAGCGUACAAGAAGGAUGAUGAAGAUUCUGAUGCGAAUCCAUUUGUAAAUCUUGAAAAGACGACUGUUCUACAAGAGGCCCGAGUGUUCAAUGAUAACAAUCUGCACCCGCGACGUUGUGCUGUCAUCCUUACCAAGAUCCUCUACCUCAUCAAUCAUGGAAUUCCCCUCUCCUCCACUGAGGCUACCGAGACCUUCUUUGCCAUUACAAAGCUCUUCCAGUCCAAGGACUAUACGCUCCGUCGCCUCGUGUAUCUGGCCAUCAAAGAGAUGUCCAAGAUGUCGAGUGAUGUCAUUAUUGUCACGAGCAGUCUCACCAAGGACAUGACGGGCAAGGAGGACCAGUUCAGAGCCAGUGCUAUCAAGGCUCUCUGUACCAUCACUGAUUCCACCAUGAUACAAGCUAUAGAGCGUUACAUGAAGCAGGCAAUUGUGGACAGGAACUCAGCCGUGGCCAGUGCCGCUCUAGUCUCGUCUUUUCAUCUCUGUUUCAAGGGUAGCAGUGAGAUCGUCAAACGUUGGAUCAAUGAAACGACCGAGGCUCUCUCCUCUGACAACAUGAUGGUGCAAUACCACGCCAUGGGUCUGCUCUACCACAUCAGGAAGAAGGAUCGCCACGCUGUCUCCAAGAUGGUGUCCAAGCAGAUACGCUCCCCCCUCCGCUCUCCCCACGGUUAUUGCCUCCUCAUCAGGAUAGCCUGUACCGUGCUCGAGGAUGAGGAGAGGUCCUCCAAUAGUGUGCUGUACGACUUCCUCGAGACUUGCCUCAGGCACAAGAGUGAGAUGGUUGUGUACGAGGCUGCUCGCUCGAUGGUCAACCUCAAGAAUGUCACUGCCAGAGAAGUGCAGCCUGCUGUGUCAGUAUUGCAGAUGUUUUUGACCUCCUCGAAGCCUACUAUUCGUUUCUCUGCGGUGAAGACUCUCAACCGUAUCGCCAUGUUCCACCCUGACGCAGUCACCUCGUGUAAUGUGGACCUGGAGAACCUCAUCUCAGACACUAACAGGAGCAUUGCCACUCUGGCCAUCACGACUCUGCUCAAGACUGGCAGUGAGACAAGCGUGGAUAGACUCAUGAAACAGAUCACGAGCUUCAUGUCUGAGAUAUCUGAUGAGUUCAAGACGAUUGUAGUGGAGGCCAUUCAAUCUGUGUGUAUCAAGUUCCCCCGCAAGCACCACAUCUUGAUGACCUUCCUGUCGUCCAUGCUACGUGAAGAGGGCGGAGUCGACUACAAGAGGGCUAUCGUGAAUACCAUUAUCACCAUCAUAGAGGAGAACCAGGAGGUCAAGGAGGCUGGGCUGUCCCACUUGUGUGAGUUUAUUGAGGACUGUGAGCACGUGGACUUGGCCACUCGAGUGCUGCACCUGCUCGGCAGAGAGGGUCCAAAGUGCAAGGCCCCGUCCAAGUUCAUACGUUUCAUCUACAACAGAGUCCUCCUCGAGACACCAGCUGUCAGAGCAGCUGCUGUCUCCUCCCUGGCCAAGUUUGGUGCUUCAUGUGAAGAGCUUACACCGAGUGUGCUGGUCCUGUUGGAGCGCUGUCUCCUUGACUCUGACGAUGAGGUGAGGGACAGGGCCCUGCUCUAUCACGAGGUGCUCACACAAAAACAGAAGGCUCUCUCUUCAGCCUACAUCCUCAAUCCUCUGAGUGUAUCUGUGGUGGGCCUAGAGAGAGCUCUGAUACACUACUGCAGUCAGCCCAACGAGCAGCCAUUCGACAUCAAGACUGUACCCAUUGAGACAGCCCCUCUCUCAGACAGGCCCAAGUCUAUUGGUGAGACCACCCCCGGGUCAUCGGUGCAUAAGACUGGCCCAGCUGCUACCAGGCAAGACGUCUUUGCUGAGCAACUGUCACGUAUUGAUGAGCUGGCUAAUAUUGGACCUCUGUUCAAGUCCUCGGACAAACCUGUAGAGCUGACAGAGAGUGAGACUGAGUAUGUAGUGCGCUGCAUCAAGCACACCUUUCCCAACCAUCUCGUCUUCCAGUUUGACGUCACCAACACACUCAACGACCAGCUGUUGGAGAAUGUACGUGUGGAGAUGGAGGAGGCGGAGGGAUUCACUGUGGUGUCCUAUGUGCCCAUUGACAAGCUCCCCUAUGAGACCCCAGCCACCACCUACACUCUCGUGGAGCUGAACGACCCUAACACUGUGACUGGGACUUUCCUGAACACGCUCAAGUUCAAUGUGCGUGACUGUAACCCUGACACUGGAGAGCCUGACAGUGAAGUGGGCUAUGACGACGAAUAUGUGCUUGAGAAUGUGGAGGUGGUGGUGGCAGAUCACGUCCAGAGAGUUCUGAAGCCAAACUUUGCGGCAUCUUGGGAGGAGAUAGGCGACGAGAACCAAGUGGAGGAGACCUUUGCACUCAGCACUAUGAAGGACGUUCCAGAUGCAGUGAAGCAGAUCAUCGGGUUCAUGGGAAUGCAACCUUGCGAACGCUCAGACAAGAUCGAUGAAGACAAACCAUCACACACGUUACUUCUGGCCGGAGUAUAUCGUGGAGGUCACGACGUUCUUGUGAGGGCAAGACUCGCACGAUCACAGGGAGUGACAAUGAAGAUCACCGUGCGUAGUGAUGACAUGACUGCCUGUGAGACAAUUGCUGCAGCUGUCGGCUAAUGUGUGAACUAAAAGGCCAACAGAACUCAUAGAUUGGACUUAGCACUGUUUAAUAGGUUUACAUUACAUAUUUUGAACUCUCGUAAAUAUUAUUAUGGUAAUUGUUACAGUUGGCCAAAAUUGUAGUUUUUCGUGUUUUGAUGAUUAUUCAACACAUUGUGAAA